AUAUAAUAUACGCUAUCUCUACUGGGAUAGGGGCAAGAUUCACCAUCGUGUGUGUCUCUCUCUGCCUGUGUCUUUGUCUGUGUUUGUGCCAGAGAGACGACAGGAGUGUGUGAUGGAAACCAACUGCGGUGAGAAAGAGAAAAUAAGCCCGGGAUUUGUAGGAGAAAGUGCCGGCGCACAAGAGGAUGAAGAGAUUCUCAGGAAGAGAAUCUCAGGCCACCCUCUGUUCGGCCUUCUGAUUGAGAACCACCUGAACUGUUUGAAGGUGGGGUUAGGCGAAUUUGGAGAGGUUGGUAUAACAACUGAACCAGACAAAGCAUCUGACUCCAAACCCAACAUUAACGACAUCAUUCAGAAUCCAUCCGACCUCGAUCACUUCAUGGAAGCAUACUGCAUGGCACUGAGCAACCUGAAAGAGGGCAUAGAGGAAGCGCAACAAGAAUCUGCAUCUUUCAUCAAGGCCACCUACCUUCAGCUUGGAGAGCUCACUCACACCAAGCACCCUUAAAAUUCCCAGCCAUCUACUGUAUUAACUUUCUUCUCUGUUGUACUACAUAUACUACAUAUUUAUGUCACCAGAAGCCGAAUGGGUCGGCAUGUUUAGACCUGUAAUCUUGUGAGAAAUCUUCUACUUUUAGGUGCUCUAGUUUUUACUGCAUAAUAACAUCAUAGCCGCACGCCUAUACAAAUUGAAGGCACA